AUGAAGACAAUUCUGGAUCAAAUACCAGUUCUGCUGCUGACCAGCCCUUUAUCAUCAGGAUUUCUUCUCUGUGCACCUGGAAGUGUGAAAUUACACCAUCCUGACUUCAGUUUGGUGGGCUUCUCAGCAAACUCCUGGUGGCAGCUGAUUCUAUUUGUAAUAUUUCUGACACUUUAUUUGAUGACCUCAUCAGGGAACAUGGCCCUGGUUAUUUUAAAAAGUACACCUGUGUACUUUUUAAUCGGCAAUCUGUCAUUUUUAGACUUUUGGUAUACCUCUGGGUACACUCCCAAGAUCCUGGCCAACUGUGUUUCAGGAGAUAAACACAUUUCCUUGGCUGGAUGUGGAGCCCAACUGUUCUUUUCCUGUGCUGUAGCCUGCACUGAGUGCUGUCUCCUAGCAGCCAUGGCAUAUGACCGCCACAAGGCCAUCUGUAACCCAUUACUUUAUUCAGGUACUAUGUCAAGCUCUCUGUGUACUGGCCUUGUUGCUGCUGCUUACAUAGGAGGGUUCUUGAAUGCCAUGGCCUGCACUUCCAGCACUUUCCACCUGAGUUUUUGUGGUAAAAAUAUUAUUGACCACUUCUUCUGUGAUGUACGACCACUGGUGAAAAUGUCCUGUACAGACAUCCAGGUCUAUGAAAAAGCCCUCCGGGGUGUGAUGGGCUUCACCAUUCUUUCCAGCAUUCUUGCCAUCCUGAGUUCUGAUUUCAACAUCCUUCUGGCUAUCCUGAGAAAGUGCUCAGUCUCUGGAAGGUGCAAGGCCUUCUCCACCUGUGCUUCUCUUCUCAUCUCAGUCAUGUUCUAAGGAUCCUUGCUCUUCAUGUAUAUAAGGCUAAGCUCCGCCCUCUCUCUGGAGAAAGACAAAGUGGCUGCCUUGUUUUACACUGUGGUCAAUGCAUUGCUCAACCUUACUAUCUAUAGCCUGAGAAACAAAGAUGUCAAAGCCACAUAGAGUAUAA